AUGUCUACAAGCAAUCCUGAGUUGCAAAGGGAGAAUCAGGAGCAAGAAGAUAGCUACCAGAGCCCAAACAAUUAUGCGAACUUGGAUGAGUUGGCGGCGACGUCACCAGUGGAAAACCCAUCCGAGAGCGCGGCCUAUACACACAGGUCGCUCGAAGAGAAUAGAAAUGAAGAGAACAUCCGUGAGAGAGGAGCAAACGAUCAAAAUGGAGAUCAAACCAACAUGGCUGGGGCAACGAAGAAGGGAAAUUCGCCAGAUCACUCGGGAAAGGCGUCACGACUCGCUACUCAGAUGUACACAAUAUCAUACCUAAUUCUUUUCUCCUUUUUCGGUACUCUUGCUAGGCUGGGCUUGCAAGCAAUUACUUUGUACCCCGGUGCGCCGGUAGUCUUCAGUGAACUCUGGGCAAAUCUUGGAGGUUGUAUCUUAAUGGGCUUUUUCAGUGAGGAUCGAAUGCUUUUCAAAGAAGAAUGGGGUACGCCAAGAUACCACCAGUUGAUCGAGGAAGCCAAAAGGAGAGAGGACGAAGAGGCCGGAUCAGGGAAGGGUCAUGGCAUUGACUUGGCGGCUGCAAAGAAAGAUCAUGCUAAGACCAAGAAGACUAUCCCUCUCUAUAUUGGUCUGACCACUGGGUUUUGUGGAUGCUUUACCUCUUUCUCAUCCUUUUUACGAGAUACCUUUCUGGCAAUGUCAAACGAACUUCCGACUCCUCUCAAUCACCCGGCCGAUUAUGGUCCGGUAACUUCGUCGACUACAUCUACUGUAUCCCGAAACGGAGGCUACUCCUUCAUGGCUCUGCUAGCUGUCAUCAUUGUGACAGUUACAGUCUGUGUCUCGGGGCUUCAUUUUGGCGCACAUCUUGCGAUUUUAACAGAACCAUGGACGCCCACGAUACCAUUUGCUGUGGGUCGUAAAUUUCUAGAUAGAGUAACGGUAUUCAUCGCAUGGGGCUGUUGGAUUGGUGCAAUAUUCCUUGCUAUAUUUCCACCAGAUAGAAAUGAUAGCCCACCCGAAAUAUGGCGUGGUCGAGCUGUAUUCGCGCUGGUCUUUGCACCAUUAGGUUGCCUCGGCCGCUUCUAUUUGUCUAUAUAUCUUAACAGCAAGCUGCCUUCAUUUCCACUUGGCACUUUUGUGGCCAAUAUGUUUGGAACCGCUAUUAUCGGGAUGUCAUAUGAUUUACAACAUGUGCCCUUAGGAGGUGUUGUUGGAUGUCAAGUACUGCAAGGGAUUGAGGAUGGCUUUUGUGGUUGUCUGACAACUGUCAGCACUUGGGUCAGCGAAUUGAGCUCUUUAAGGCGAAAGCACUCCUAUAUAUAUGGAUCGGCAAGUGUUGCCAUCGGGUUGUGUCUGUUGAUUGUCAUUAUGGGCAGCACGCAAUGGACCAGGGGGUUUUCAACUUUACAAUGUGUUCAUUGA